AUGCCUCUUCAUUUGGUGUCUAUGAAGACUUCUAUAUCCAGCAUUACCUCACAAAUUAGACAUCAUCUGCUAUACCAUUUGAUGAUGUUCAAUAACUUCCUGGAUGGUCCUGUUGGCUUCACCAAUGGCGUCCGUGCAAGCGCAGGGUUCGUCAGCGCACUCCUUUUAAUUGCAUCUAGAAAGUGUCUUCGUGGUGUACCGUUUACUCUUAUGGUGGCAGGGGACUUCCUCUUCCAGAUCGGCCUCUUCUACCCGGCAUACUUCAUUCAACUCGACUCCAUCAAGCAUGGCAUAAAUGUCGCCUUUUCAUCUCACUCUGUGGGCGCCAGCACUGCACAAGCGAUUUUAAAUGCAUCCAGUUUGAUAGGACGAGUCACAUCAUGGUUUAUUGCGCUGUUCACAGGGGUUCCGAACUUAGCCAUCAUCGCGACAAUGUCGUGCAGUGUGCUCAUUUUGGGCAUGAUUGGGUUGAAUAGCUUGGCCAGCAUCGUUGUGCUUGCCGUGCUUCAUGGCUAUUUUGAAGGGCUGUUUGUUGCGAUAACGUCUCCACUGAUGGCUACUUUAAUGCCAGACCUCUCUGAGCUUGGCGCGCGGAUGGGCAUCGCUGUCUUCAUUGGUGCGAAAGCAGAAACGACUCACUGUCGCAACAUGUUCCGUCUUCCAGGAUCAUCGGGAGAUGGUUAA